AUGGCUUCUGAUGAUCUUCCGAAAGAGUUUGAUAUUAUCGUCGUAGGAACAGGUUUGACAGAGGCAAUAGUGGCUGCAGCUUUCUCUCGAAUAGGAUUAAAAGUCUUGCAUCUUGACAGAAAUGACUAUUAUGGUGGAGCCUAUGCAAAUUUUAACUUGGAGGCCAUUGAGACCUGGAAGCAAAAAAACAAUAGUCUCACAGAAAAUACGGGGCCAGUGUCUGAGUCGGCAGUUGACUCUGGCAUUAAGGAGUUGCUGAAUGAUGGUGAAGUCACUGUUGCUUUGCCUCCAGAAUCUGCUCAAGCAUUCAACGUCAAAAGUUAUUUUCACAUCAGGGAAAGAACUUCAGAGGAAGAGGCAGCUGCAGAAGCCAAGAAAUCAAAGUCGAGAUUUUUCUGGUCACCAGUUAAUGUUGCCAAAGAACAAGAUUUGGAUCCAGAAGAAAAUAAACCUGACUCAAGAGAGGAGAGUGAGAACAUUGAAACGAUAACUUCAGAAAAUACAGUCAAACAAAAUAAUGUUGACAAGGCUCCUGAGAAAUUGUCAGGUGACGCUGGACUAGAAGAAAUUUCUAGAAAUGAAAAAGGAUUGGGCGAUUCAGGUGCUGUGGGUGACAUAGGGGAAGUUGAUGGUUUGUCAGGACUAACGCUUUCUGAAUCUAGGACAGAUGAUACUGAUGGGAGGCAAGUGGUCCCCGAACAAAAUCAAUCUGUGUCAGGUGAGAAAGAAGUGGGUCCUUCUGCUGGUGGAGAUCAAGACUUAGCUUCAGUUCAAACCUCGGAGACAAAGACUGAAGGAGCAGGUGACUCGGAAGAUAAGGAACCCAAAGAAUGGACAGUAGGUGACCUCAAGGAUGAGUGGCGAAGAUUCUGUUUUGAUAUUUCACCCAAGGUCCUGUACUGUUGUGGAGAAAUCAUUGACCUGUUAAUUCAGUCAGAUGUUGCCCGCUACUGUGAGUUUCGGACAGUGAGUCGUGUACUCACACUUCUCAAUGGCAGUUUACAGCAGGUCCCAUGCUCAAGAGCAGACGUCUUCAGCAGCAAGAUUGUCAGUCUGGUUGAGAAACGGCUGAUGAUGAAGUUCCUGCAGUUUGCUGCCGAUUAUGAAACACAUCCUGAAGAUUAUCAUGAAUACAAAGGCAAGCCUUUUGUGGACUUCCUCAAGUCUAAGAGACUGACUCCCAACAUUCAGCAUUUUGUGCAACAUGCUAUUGCUAUGGUCACAGACAGUGCUACAACUGAGGAGGGGCUGAAAGCAACUCAGAUAUUUCUGCGCUCCCUUGGUCGUUAUGGCAACACAGCUUUCCUUUACCCACUGUAUGGCACAGGAGAGUUACCACAAGCGUUUGCCAGAUUGUCUGCUGUGUUUGGGGGCGUGUACUGUCUGCAAGUUUCUCCAACACAUAUUGUUGCUGACAGUGAUAACACUUGCUGCGGGAUCAUUACUUCAAAUAACCAACUGAUCAGAAGCAA